CUUAAAUGGGAAAUUUUUAUCUCGGGAAGAGAAGAAAUUAUUUGAAAAUAAAACUUUUCUAUUGGCCAAUAGCCACUCACAAAUCACAACUAUAUUUACUUUUAAAGCCUUCCUAGUCUCCAAUAUGAUUCCAUUACAUAUUUACAUGUGUCUGUAUAUAAGUGAUGACUUUUAUAUUUGUGUGUAUGAAUCACAUAAACCUCUAAAAAAAAACCCAAAAUGCUGAAAAUCGAAAAUCCCCACAAAAAACAGUUCUGAAAUUCUUAAGUCCUUCUUCUUGGUUGUAUAGAGAAGAAAUCAAGCAUGGAUUUGCAAAGAAGUAUGUUUUUCUCGUGUUGGGUUCUUUCUCUUUUGAUCAUCGAAACGACAGCGUAUCGCGAUAAACAGCUGUUCCAGCCGCUUGAAACGGAGAACGCAAACGCGAUGACCGCGGUGAUAGAGCGAGGCUUACAGACGCGACGGCCGGAGCACAAGAACGCUUAUGCGACGAUGAUGUACAUGGGAACACCAAGAGACUACGAGUUCUACGUUGCGACACGUGUCUUGAUCAGAUCGCUCAAAGGCCUCCACGUGGACGCUGAUAUCGUCGUUAUCGCAUCCCUCGACGUUCCUCUCGACUGGAUUCACAACCUGGAAAAAGAGGAUGGAGCUAAAGUAGUGAGAGUAGAGAAUCUUGAGAAUCCAUACAAGAAACAGACCAACUUCGACAAUAGAUUCAAGCUAAGUCUGAACAAGCUAUACGCUUGGUCUCUGUCAGACUAUGACCGUGUCGUAAUGCUCGACGCCGACAAUCUCUUCCUCAAGAACACCGACGAGCUCUUCCAAUGCGGCUCAUUCUGUGCCGUCUUUAUCAACCCUUGCAUCUUCCACACUGGUCUCUUUGUGUUGCAGCCAUCAAUGGAGGUCUUUAGAGACAUGAUUCAUGAGCUUGAAGUAAAGAGAGAUAAUCCUGAUGGAGCUGAUCAAGGCUUUCUUGUGAGUUACUUCUCCGAUUUACUCAACCAGCCUCUCUAUAUUCCUCCCGAUAACCGCACCACCGCGCUUACCGGACACUUUAGGCUUCCUUUGGGAUAUCAAAUGGACGCCUCUUAUUACUACCUUAAACUCAGAUGGAACGUUCCGUGUGGACCAAACAGUGUGAUCACGUUCCCUGGAGCAGUAUGGUUAAAGCCAUGGUACUGGUGGUCAUGGCCUGUUCUUCCUUUAGGCCUCUCAUGGCACCACCAACGCCGCUACACCAUAGGUUACUCUGCGGAGAUGCCUUGGGUUAUAAUCCAAGCAGUGUUCUACCUAGGAAUCAUACAAGUCACGCAUCUAGCGCGAGCCAGCAUGACCAAGCUAUGUUACCGACGUUCUGAUAAGAAUCUAAGUAUGAUCCAAACCGCUUUCAAGAUGGUUGCACUCUUCUUGAUCCUCUCAGCCUACAUUAUACCAUUCUUCAUCAUCCCACAGACGAUCCACCCGGUCGUCGGUUGGUCGCUCUACUUGACCGGUUCCUUUGCUCUCUCCUCCGUACCAAUCAACGCCUUCUUGCUUCCAACGCUCCCCGUCAUAACACCGUGGCUUGGCAUUUUCGGGACGCUCCUUGUGAUGGCUUUUCCCUCUUAUCCCGAUGGUGUUGUCAGAGCAUUGUCGGUUUUCGGGUAUGCCUUUUGCUGUGCACCGUUUGUUUGGGUCUCCUUUGUGAAGAUCACAUCGCAUCUUCAGGUUUUGAUUGACAAAGAGGUCUUGUUUCCGCGGUCCGGUGAAUCCGGAGUUGAUUCUGGUCUCAGCAAAUUGUAUUGAUUAAGAGUUAGGACGGUGCGGUUUUGAUCAUCUGAUGGAUUUCUUCUGUACAUAAAGGCUCGAGAGGAAAUAACAAAUAUUCUGUCUUUUUUAAUUUUAUGCCCUAUCAAAGACAAUCUCAUAUUUUGUAGCUUUUUCUUCACUGAAAUUUUAGAAAUAAUGCAUAAAUGGAACUAUAUUAAUCAACGUUAA